AUGGAUCCACAAUCGCCGGAUGAAGACUCGAAGACACCCAACAAGAGGCACCGUACCUUGGUUAAACUUGCCCGCUUUGGCCAGCAGAACACCUGUGCGAGCAGAGUCACGCGGGCCGGCGUUGGCUCAGUAUACAUGCACGGCGCUACCAUUGCAUGCAUACGAACUGGCAAUACCUUCGUGUUUGAGUCUGCUGGCUUUGGCCUGUGUAUCCUCAAGUGCAAUGGCAGCGCCCGCGACUGUGGGCGCGUGAAUAUCGUCUAUCUCCUCGGCAUCCUCAUCCACCUGUUCUUCAGGCUGUGCAUUCGCACGUCAAGGCAUGGCCUGGGCAUGAGCUGA